AUGUAUUCCACUAUAUUUGUAAUUUUCCGUUUCAGAAGACCAAAACAGCUUUCAAAUUUGAAGCUCCGUUUCAAAAAUAGCGAUGUUAAUUCCAGGAAAAGCAUCGGAACCUUCUUCAUCCUGAUCAUUACGAUUGAAUUUCACAGAAUGGGAGGCUGUUUUUCGGACGUGAGCGGAGGAAAAGCAGCAGUCGGAGGAAUCCAUAACCUACAACAUCAAAGCGGUCCGAGUAGUAACCUCGCUGUCGCUUCCUCCUCUGGUACGGCUGAGAAUGAAGCUGUCGAUUUCUUCUUUCGUUCCAAAGGCCUUCAACCCCUCUUCACUCGAAUUGAGUUGUCUUUAUCAGCUUCAAAAUUACGUGAUCGUGACCUCAUGUCAAAGAGUGACCCUAUGGCAGUAUUAUAUGCCCAGAAAAGAAAUGGAACUCUGGAGGAACUUGGAAGAACAGAAGUGAUCAUGAACAGCUUAGAUCCCAUGUGGAUUCAAAAAAUAAAUGUUUUAUUUCACUUUGAGAUUGUUCAACCAUUGAUCUUUCAGGUGUAUGAUGUGGAUUCAAAGUAUCAUAAUCUGUCAACAAAGGUAUUGAAUCUAAAUGAGCAAGAUUUUCUUGGAGAAGCCACCUGUGUUUUAUCACAGAUCAUGACUGUUAGAAGCCGAAGUAUGACCUUAAAACUACAUGGUAAAGAAGGGCAAAUUGGGGAUUUUGGUUCAAUAACUGUUCAUGCAGAGGAAACCAUUGAUUCAAAAAUUGUUACUGAGAUGAGACUCCGAUGUUCAAACUUGGAUAACAAGGACUUGUUCUCCAAAAGUGAUCCAUUCUUAAGAAUCUCUAGAGUUGUUGAGUCUGGAAACCCUGUUCCCAUUUGCAAAACAGAAGUUGUGAACAAUAAUUUGGAUCCAGUGUGGAAGCCCUUAUGUAUAACUUUGCAGCAAUAUGCUAGCAAGGCGAACCCUUUAGUUAUAGAGUGUUUUGACUUCAAUAGCAGUGGCAACCAUACACUAAUUGGGAAACUUCAGACAUCAAUUGAGGGGUUGGAACUGCUUUACAAAGAAAAAAUAGGGGUAAAUUUGGCAAUUCCAUCUUCUCGUCACCAAGAACGUGAAAAGAUUCUCAAGGGCAAACUUUUUGUGGAUGGAUUUAUCGAGAAGCAAAUUUAUAGUUUUCUUGAUUAUAUUUCUAGCGGAUUUGAGCUUAACUUCAUGGUUGCUAUUGAUUUUACUGCUUCAAACGGAGAUCCUCGAAGGCCGGAUUCAUUGCAUUACAUUGAUCCUUCUGGUCGCUUAAAUGCAUAUCAGCAAGCUAUUAUGGAUGUUGGGGAAGUGAUACAAGUUUAUGAUUCAGAUAAAAAGUUUCCUGCUUGGGGUUUUGGUGGAAGAAUGUAUAAUGGCCCUGUUUCUCAUUGUUUCAACCUCAGUGGAAACACCGAGGUUGAAGGAGUACAAGGAAUAAUGGCUGCUUAUCAAAAUGCAUUGCAUACAGUGUCUCUUCAUGGGCCCACUUUAUUUGGUCAUGUAGUAAAUCAGGCUGCACAAAUUGCUGCUCACUCCCUCUCACAAAGUUCCAGCAAGUACUUUGUGUUGCUAAUUAUAACGGAUGGAGCUCUUACUGAUUUGCAAGAAACUAAAGAUGCACUUGUCAGGGCCUCUGAUCUACCCCUCUCGAUUUUAAUUGUUGGAGUGGGUAAUGCUGAUUUUGGAGCAAUGGAGAUUCUGGAUGCUGAUAAUGGACAACGAUUGGAGAGCUCGACAGGAAGAAUUGCUACUCGUGAUAUUGUUCAGUUUGUUCCCAUACGAGAUGUACAUCGUGGAGAUAUAUCGAUGGUGCAGGGUCUAUUGGAAGAGCUACCAGGGCAAUUCUUGACAUACAUGAGGAGUAAAGGUGUGAAGCCACUCAACUUUGAUGGAAACCAAGUUCCCAUUCCACCAGAUCUGUUAUUCACGUGAAAUCAAACCUCUUUCGUACAGUAAACCCUAAGUAAAUGAAAGUAUUGGUUAAAUAUGCAUAUUUUUAGGUGCAAAACAUUGAAAAUUGUUUUGCAAUUGGUUAGAUAUGUUUAUUUAAAAAGGUUAUUCUUUGAGUUGACCCGUCAUAUGAGAUGGAAAUCUGGUAUAUAGCUACCCAUUAGGUGGCUAACAAAAGCCAAGUGCUUAUUGAAAUUGGAACACACUCCAAGAUUUAUUGAAUCUUUAGCGGAAGUUGAUUUGAUGUUUGAUCAGACAAAGGGCCAAAAGGAGCACAAUCCAUAUUCAAACUAAAACCAGACAUAAUGAUCGUAGAUUUAUUUCAAUGUUUAGUAGGUCUUUGGUGUUGGAUUUGGAAUUCAAACAUUCAGUUGGAUUCCAUGAGGUUCCUCUAAUGGAGUUCUAAACUCUCCAAAAAGGAGGAUUGUACAAACCCCAAAAUAUGUGAUAUGGAAAUUAUUAUCGAGAAAAACA